GAGCUUUCCGCUGGCGAAGGAGUCGCGAAUCCGCACGCCGACCAUGAAUUGCCGCUAACUGCCUCUCGCAGGCGGCCCCUGACGAGACACCCUGUACAUGAGCAUCCGUUCGACCAGCCCAGCGUCCACAGAGUGACAUGUGGUGUGUUCUGUGGGCUGCGGCGUGGUUCGCUAGCGUGCUCGGGGCGACGCACACGACCUCCUCCUGGUCAUCGUCGGCCCCGCCGCGGCCGCCCAAAUGCAAACUCUCCCAGUUCACCUGCCACGCGUCGACGGCGCGGUGCGUCUCGCUCGACCGCUUCUGCGACGGAGUCGACGACUGCGGCGACAACUCUGACGAGCCGCGAUUCUGCACACCAUGUAACAGAACGUACUUCGGCGAAGUGGGGCGCACUUACGAGAUCGAGAUCCGACGCCCGCACGAAGACCAACUGCCCUUCGCUUGCCACCUCAACUUUACGGCCGCAGGUGGACAGUGGGGAGAUCUAGUCCAGCUAACGUUUGACUCGUUCACCGUUGGCAAAUUCAUGUCCUUCGCUAAGGACGGCUGUCCACACGGCCACAUGUCCAUCACGGAGCUCGGACUGCCGGACACCGGUGGACAGUGGUGUGGCAGUGCCUGGGGCUACACCGUUUAUUUCAGUGAGGUCAACUCCGUCAACGUCACCCUCGCGCUUUUGAGGCUGUCAGAGCAGGGAAUCGGCUACACUUUUGAUUUUAAGCUCAACUACCGCUUUCUGCUGCGGUCCGAGGCGGCGCUGCGUUUCGGCGUCUCGGACGAGGUGGACCGCGGCAUGUUGGUGCCCGGCACGUACUGCGACCGCAUCUUCACCCGCUGCGACACCCGCAAGUGCAGACUGCAGUCGCCCAACUUCCCCGGAAUUUACCCGAGGAACGUCACGUGUCGCUACGCCAUCGUCCAGCUGAGGGUGCCGGACGGUUCGCACGCCACCAUCACCGUCCGCCAGCCGGACAGCCGGAGGAUGCACGUCAAGGACAGGAUCGUGCAGUACGAACGGAGUCAACGGGUGUUGCGCGUCGGCGACCAGUGCAACGUCAUCCGCGACCACCUCACCGUGUACGACGGAUUCACGUCGGACUCGAAACGCACCGAGACGUUGAUUGAAUUGUUUUCCCAGCCGACACGCAACCGCCGGGCCACCAGCAUUCGGCGAAAAAUAGACGCACUCGCAAACGGAACUCUGGAGGUGAGCAGCAGAGGUGCCGUAAUAGCGCGUCUCUGCGGCGGUGACGCGGUUCCUGACAUAGUCAGCUCCGGUCCCCGGAUGCUUGUCGAGUUUUCCACUUCGCCUUUCGACAACCCCUUUCACCCCGCGCCAGUUAGCUACCUUCCUGGCUUCGAAUUAGAUAUUGAGGUGAAAAUGGUUCCGGCCGUGCAACCACGUUCCUACGCCCAGCAGGGCAAAUGCGUCUUCACCGUGUCUAGCUUCGAGUCUAGACAGGGCCAGCUGGGCCCACCGCUGCACUCGCUGCCGGCCAACACAACCUGCAGAUACGAGUUUGCCGGACGGCCCAACGAGAGGGUCUGGAUCGCCUUCCUCAAGUAUCACGUCGCUGAAAGGGUGCAGAGCAAGGGCGUUCCUAGUUUAGGCUCGGCGCGGGUGCCUCUGCCCGAAAGCGUUCCAGGGACGGAAGACUCAAAGAAGGCUGACGAGGCCAAGGAGGAAGAGGACAAUGAUUGUCCAGCUCGGCUCAGAAUCUGGGACGGAGCCCCUUCAACUUUACCGCACAUCCAACAGGAGAACUCGACGAAGCUGCUGGGCGAGUUCUGUCGCGACGAGUCUCCGCGCCUCUGCGACCACAGCCUCUUGAGCAACAGCACUCGCUUCCCCCGCCCCUGCACCGCCGACGAGAGCUACCUCUCCACAGGUCCUAAGUUCACCCUGGAGCAUUUUCUGCGCUACGGCACCGCUCUGCACCCUGUCAGCUUCGUCCUGCGCUACGAAUUCGUCGACGUGUCUCAGGGUGGGGCGCCUGUGACCACCACGGCACCACCUUUUAGCCUGCCGGCAACCUCUCCCGGACCGUGGACCUGCGACCGCGAGUUCAAACACGAUUUCCGCAAGUUGAGUGGCGGCGACUCGGGCACCUUCCGCUCGCCCAAAGCUGUUUUCUUCUACGGCCGCGGUGGAAACGCCAACCUUACGUGCAUGUACUGGUUCUUAGUGGCCAGGGAACAGCAGCAGAGUGUCCGGUUGACGGUGAACAGGGCAAAAUUCGGCGAACGCCGCUGCGUGACCCGGUUUGAUCCGGACACCGGACGGAGGAGGUGCGAGUUUCGCGGCAAAAACGUCCCGACGGCGCAGCUGCGGUUUUUCGAAGCGCCGUGGCCGAAUGUGAUGGUGGCGCGCGACUGCGUUUGCGACAAGGUCACCGCGGCCAACAGCGUGGUGGUUGAGAGCGCUCCUGGUGCCUCUCUGGUGGUCAAUUUCACUGUGGUGGGGAUGAACGUGACGCAGGACGCCAGCGACUUCCUCUUCGAGGCGGAUUACAAAUUCAGUCUGCCGGACAAAACCUCGAUGAUAAACUCCAUCGGCCCUUGUUCUUUCGGAGACGUGGACGAUCAGCGGCUCCAGGGUAUCAGCGGAGAUCUGACCCUGAGGAGUCCUUCCAACGUUGACUCCAACGCUGGCCAAAUUCCCGCUACCCAAGCCCUAAGGGGAGGUUACGGGGACGAGUGCCGUAACCACCCGUGGCUGAUCGAGCUGCAAGAACCUUUCAACUACCUCUACGUCAGGGUCAGGGGGCUCGAGAUCACCAACGGCAGGGGUGGAGACGAGUGUCGUACUCGUAACAGGGUGGUCGUCCACAGGGUGAACACCCUGAUCGAGCCGACCGUCAUCUGUCCGGAUGAAAACGGCGGCGCCUCGGUUGGGAUUUUCAGUCCUGGCUGGAAGAGCGUCCUGCCCAUAACGUCCCGACCUCCUCCGGGCAGACACGAACGCAGUCUGGUGGUUGAAUUCCUCGAAAGGGAACCUGGCGGGCCGUACGCCCUCAACUGGCUCGAAAUCUUCCACCGACCUUCAGCAACCGUGCACCCUCCGAGGGAUGGCAAGGUGCGGGGCGAGGCCCUUCUCUCGGCCGGUUUGCAGAGCCAGCCAGACCCUGUCCGCGACUGUCCGUGGCGGUGUCCCGAACUGGACGCGUGCAUUUCGCCCGACUUGUGGUGCGACGGAGCAGCGCACUGUCCGUCUGGGUUUGACGAGCUGGACACCAACUGCCAGGCGCAGGCGCACAGCCCCAUCCUGGACAUGUUCGGCGGGUCCAUGUUCGUGGUGUACCUGGCGGCAGGGGCGGCCGCCCUGCUGAUCGCCGUCUCGCUCGUCACCUGCGUCAUCGUCACAACGGUGCGGCUGAAAAGACGAGCGGCCGUCCGCGACCGAACGCACUCGUGGUGCCAGAACGGCGGCGCCGCCACCGGCCUCGGACCACCUCCGAUGACCGCCACCCUGCGCCACAAGAACGGCACCCUGCGCUCAAACCGAGGGGUCGGCACCAUCUACGGCAAGGACGAUCUGUGUUGACAAUAGCUGGCUGAGUUCGAAUCGACCGUGUGAAAAAAAUUCAUUCAUACUUUCGAAGACCGACUGAUUGUUGUUUGACUGCGAAAAAAAUAUGUGCGGUGUUUCGUUGUGUGGGCCUAAAACACGAAAUUGAUUGCGGGUGGCUCUGAAUAUUUACUCGGAGCGGAUUGUUAAUAUCGUGGUGUAUACCAAAAGAUGAAGUGUGCAUGCGAGUUUAGCAAUUUAGGACGAACGCAUGUCUCAAUUCAACGUAACUGAUAAAAAAAGAAAGAAAAAUGCGAAUCGGACUUCCCUCUUGUAAAACUAUAAGGUCUUAUCCUUCGAUUUCCACACUUUUCUAUAUAAAUAUUAUGUACAGUAAAUAUGCAAAUAUAUGACUCAAAAAGUUCUCCUUUGAACAAAUUAUGAUAAUUUCCCAUAGCUUAAAACAAUUUUUUCCUCCUUGCAUAAUUUAUUAUAUUUGUUGUGAAAUGCGCGAAUUUUCUUUAUUGGAAGCGAAAUUUUGGGAUAAUGCUAGAGACUGCUGAUUCUGAUCGAGGCCCUUCCAUGGGAGAGAGGAACAUUGCCUGUGUUGAAUUUUUUGCAUAUUCUAUAAACGAUUAAGAAGCAGGAGACCUCUCUCUGCGACACGAUAUUCAUUUUUAUACCACGUUUUUACUGAUUUUAAACGAUAUAACUUAACGCAGCAGGAGAGUGUUUUAAAUAAAACUCAAAUGGAAACUUGGCACGUGGUAUAUUAAAAUAGCUGAAAUAUUUUUUAAUGCGUUUUGAUUACUGCUCUUUUGUAUAUCGACAAAAAAAAAUGAUGGAAUAUACGGAAGGAGGAUUUCGAGAUACACAUGCUUUAUUUGAAACGACGACGCAUUGUUAUAUCAAUAUUUUAUAUGAUAUGUCAUGACAAAGGUGUAUCCAGUAUGAUAAAGCGCACCAUUAUGUGAGCUGAACACACAAAUUUUAAAAAUGAAAAAAAAAAUGAAAAUGCCGCCGCGAUUGGCACGCAAAAUCCUCUGUCAGAUUAGGCUUCAUGUGCUUUCAUCUCUUGCUCCAGAAAAUUGAGAAGGUCAACAAAACUUUGAUAUGAUAGAAAUAUAUUGUUUAAAAAUAAAGAAAUGCGGAAAACG